GUCACAUCAUCACACGUAGACAGGAUGCUGGUUAAUUGAGGGCGCUGGGUACUUAUUAUUGGAUUCCGAUAACUCGGUUCAGGCGCGAAUUUGCAGUCCUCCAUUCGUCGAAUGCAGUGGGAAACACGACUGUCCAAUGACAGAGUAAUCUGACACUACCUCAUCCUGUAUAUCGCUGCACGAGACAAAAUCCAGGCAUGGAUGGCAAUCAGGAUGUUAGGAUGUCGUGCCAGCAUGGCGACCGUUCUCUCCCCCGCCUCGGUUGCCUCACAAACCUGGUCAGUAUGCACUUCGAUAUCCAAUCUGUUGAGGACAAAGCGACACCGUUGCGAACGCGCACAAGUUAUCACCCAUGUGAUCAGAUCGUCAUCGCGGGCUGGGCCCUGGCCAGCCGUUUUUAGAGUAUGCGCUCAAUGCCACAGAAGUCGUGGGUAGCGAUUUCACCUGAAACGACAAUACCGCGAAUAUUGGUUUACUGUGCUCACUCGUCAAGGUUCAAGACUGUAUCUACCGAUCUUUUGCGUGUGUGUAAUUUCUUGUUUUUCCGGGGCUUAACGAGGUGUACGAGUGGUACUACGUGGCAGUACAGACAAGUUUGAGCCAACAGGUUGGGGUCCUGCACAUGUUGGCAGUCCAUCGUACGGUUGAAACCUUGAUCAACCUCGGACAUAACCUUCCGAGAAUGAGGGGAAAGCCACGGUUCUCAUUUCACACUGCGACAGGCGAAUGACUAUCGGGUAGGUCAUGUUUGAAUAAGUCUGCUUCAAGUAUUGUUUGUUUUUUUAGACUCCCUCUCUUGUACCAAUUGUGUUGAAAUGUAGGAGAACAGUCUGGAUAUCCUCAAAUGCAUGGUGCUACCUGUGUUGUGAACCUAUAAAUUUGGCGAGGUGCUAUUUUGUAAGAUCAAGUGCAGGAAAGAGAGGAAGAAAUAGUACAACGUUCGACAAAAUUUCCAAGGUAGCCACCUGUAUUUGCGUACAAAACAGAAACAAUUAAUCUGCAGUAAUGCGUGGAAAUGUUAUCAGAUUCCUGAGUACCUAUAGAAAUGGAAUUGCCUGUCGCCCAAAAUCUUUGCCGUAGUAACAGGCAGUUCGGCCUGUCAUGAUAUCCAGGUUGGCUAAGCUGCGCUGAUCAUAACGCAGCAAGAAUUUCCCAUGUGAUAUCACGAGUAUGCUGAUUUCAGAGACAGAAACGAACGGGUCCUGUACCGACCAUAGAAAGGUCUAGCUAAGCAUAUAAGGUAAAGGGUAAGAGACACAUGGGUUGAUUGGAUCGAAAGAGCAGAAUAUAAAAACUUUCG